AUGUUCUUCACAGUCAACUUCCUAGUUGAUGAAUCCGUAGCCACUAUCAGUUUGGCGGCACAUUUUGGACGUGUCAAAGACCCAGUCCGAGAACCAACGGCAAUCAUACGUUCCUCAAAAUUCAUCUUUUCACUGUAUAAAUUUUCAGAAGUGGAUGGCGACGGCUAUGAGCGAACUGUAAACGGCAACGGAUCUGCUGGCGAUGCCGCACUGACGAACUACGACGAUGUCCUAGAGAUGUUCGACCCGCUGCCCAAUGGCCGGGAUUGUGAUUCAACUAAACUCGCUGGCGCCACCCUCCCUCUGCUCUCCGUCUCCGCAUUGGCAUCACAGCUGGCUGCUCUGCCAUUGGAACUGGAGCCCCUGGCUGUGCACCCCUCAUCCAGCUGUCCCGUCUGCAACGUUCUCAUGGUUAUCCACACCCCAAAGCUGCUUAUGGCUUACUUCUUUUUCUGUGACGUUCCGUCUGCAGUUCCUCCGAGGGCGUUUUCUUCAAUGCGGGAAUUCAGUUUCAUCGCGGAGGGAUUGGCCCAUUGCUCCAAAUGUGGACGCCUAAUCUGUUUCCGGUGCUACGAGCGAAGAUCUGGGGUUCUUGGUGACAUUGGGGCUGCCGAUGUUGAGACGUUCGUCUGCAAAGACUGCUGUUUCAAGGCCACUCCUCUUCGCGCAGUUUGA